UUUUGCUCCGUUGCAUCAGUUACUCGUUGACGCUAUUAGUGCUCAGCGCAGAUCUCACAGCACACGGGUGGACUGCUCACACUGUUCCUGAACGCCCCAUCAGUCUGUUGAUGAUUUGACUAUCGGCUGGUGGUGUAACUGCGCUGAAACAACCUCACUGACUUGCAGACAUGGCUGACAAGACGCCGAAGGAGCCCGCGGCUCGCGUAGCCACCAGGAUAGACCCGACCAAGGAGCCUCUCUCCCAGGAGCAGAUCCACUUCAUCCGGCAGGUCGAGCUUCAGCAGUGGAAGAAGAAAACACAGAAGCUGCGGACGCGGAACGUGGUGACGGGGCUGGCCAUCGGAGCGCUGGUGCUGGGGAUCUACGGCUACACAUUUUACUCCGUCUCCCAGGAGCGGGUCGUAGAUGAAAUGGAUGAAGAGGUCAAGCGUGCGAGACUGCAGGCACCGAAGACCGGAGCCAACUGAGGCGCGUGUGUGUGUCGCCUGUUGAUGGACUGCGUGUCUGUCCUGCACUUAACGGAGAAGGGACUUAUGUGGACACUGAUGCCACUGAUUUAUAUUCCACGGCUGGCUGCUGUUUGUCAUGCGGAGACAGAGGUGGACUUGAUUGUGAGUUUCUGCUGCUGACUCAUUACUAGAUGUGUAUUGAUUUUGAUUAAGUUUGCCUGGUGAUGAGUCCGUUGUCGGUGGAACGGACUCAUCUUCUGACCUUACAUGUACCCAGAAGGCCAAGCUGUAGAAUAAUUAACGCUUAACAAGUUUCCAGCCCUCAUCAUGUGAUUUGCAUUCAAAUCAAAUCUCAGUCAGCUAAUGUUAAAUCUACAGAGGCCUUUAACAGAAGAGAAACACCAGUGACAUUGCUGAAAUAACACAGAAUCAUCUGUUGAAACAUAUUUAUGUCGAUAAAGAUUUGUAAAAUAAAAAUCUAAUGUAUUUGA